AUGAAGCAGAAGGCACUGAAGGAAUGCGAUCAAUUCACGUCCAAAUAUGCGGCGUGUGCUGUAGGCAGAACUAUAUCUGUUGUUUGGCAAUGUCGCAAACAAGCCCGAGAAUUGAAUCAAUGCCUCCAUCAGUACUUUGUGUCAUUUGGCAUCACGUUUGGUCUGUUCAGUAAUCUUUGGAAAUCCGGGAUUGUCGGAGAAUGUGCUCCACCAUUCACCCAUGAUUCGGCCUUGUCCCUCCCGUUCCCAUCGAAAUCGGAUCUUCCUAGGGUUAGCAGAUCCCCUUUCUGCGUACGCCAAUUAGGAGGUACGCUCGAUUGGCUUUCGGACCUAUCUCGCCGUCGAUCAACACGGGUCUGUUCCGCCGGCGUUUUGGCGACUGUGGGAGGUGAGUUUUUCACUGGCUUGUGUGAUGGCUGCCUUUUACUUUUGCCGAUUUGUCUCGGUUUGUUUUUGGUCGUGGUCGACGGGUACCUUAUCUAUUCUGGCGGGUCGUGGCUGUUUCUAUCGGUCUGGGUGGGGCGGCUGGGCUUGGAACUGACUCUUCCACAUUUUCCGACAAUGUCUCGAUUAUUGAGUGUCUGUCCAGCUUCCGGAUGCGCUGAGGUUUCGGUGAUUUCGGGUUGGCUCUGCACUCGGCUUGUGGUGUUUGUUGGGUUGGGGAUGAGUGUGGUUUCUGUGAUUGGAGUAAGGGUCUGCUAUUGGGAGUGUUUUGGGGCUUGGGUCUCCGUGUUCGCUAGGCCUUUGGCAGUGGUGAGCGGGGCUCCUGUGCUUUGA